GGCUGACAUCCGAGACCGAUGCUGCCUGCCGACUGAAGUUGUGGAUUAGUGAACUGCUAGCGACCGCAAAUGAGCAUCCAUCGGACGUUUAGCAUCCUUUCAAACAGGAAAAUUAGGCGAACCUCAGAUUGAGCUGUAAAUGUAUCGGCAUCAGAGAGCUCAGUAUGAAGAAGUCGGUCCGGCCAGCCGUGAGUAAGGUGAGCGGAGAUCGAGGGAAGGCAGAGGCCGCGGCUGCCACCGGGACCGGUAAGCCUGCAGCCAAGACCAGCACCACUGCACCUCUGUCUAAGGUGAAAAGCAAUGAUGAUCUUUUAGCAGCUAUGGCCGGAGGAAAUCCUGCAUCAAAUAAUGCUGUCACCAAGACCAAGAGGACUGCCUCCAUUGGGACUACUGCUAGCAGCCUAGACAGCAAGCCAAAGACAACAUCAGCUACUUCAUCCAAGCGUACGACAUCUUCGAUUUCCAAGGAACCAAACUCAUCACGAGACCGUCUCCGGACAUCCAGGACCUCAGCCAAUAAGAAGCAGUUGGUAUCGGGGACUGUAGCUGGGGAUGUGGCCUCAGGGAAACGCACUCGCAGUCAGGUCCUGGCAGAGUCCGAGGGCCGUAUGAGCAAGUCUAAAUCAGACGGCCAGAUCAGUGAUAAGGUGGCUCUGGAGGCCAAAGUAAAAGACCUGUUGGGUUUGGCUAAAAGCAAAGAUGUGGAGAUCCUCCACCUGCGCAGUGAGCUGAGAGACAUGAGGGCCCAACUUGGUUUGGGAGGGAAGGAGACACCACCGCAGGAAGGAGCUGGGGAGGAGGAGAAGCCUCAUGUUUCAGCCAUUACAGCGGCUGAUGUGGAGUCCACUCUGAUUCUCUUACAAGAGCAGAACCAGGCCAUCAGAGAGGAGCUCAACCUGCUGAAGAGUGAGAACCGAAUGCUAAAAGACCGGCUCAAUGCACUGGGCUUCUCUCUGGAGCAGAGGCUGGAUGGCUCCGACAAGUUGUUCAACUACGCCUCCCUGAGCCCAGACCUGGCUGCAGGCAGCGGGCAGAGUGAUGGUGGAGGAACGGGUACGCUGACCUCCUCAGUGGAAGGCUCUGCCCCCGGCUCUUUGGAGGAUCUGCUCACAGGACACCAGCACGGGGGCUCAGCAGACAACCUCGACAGUGAAUCUAGCGAGGUCUACCAGGCCGUCACGUCUAGCGAUGAUGCUCUGGAUGCCCCCUCUGGAGCUUCCUCAUCAUCGGAAUCGGAAUGCGCACCCAGCAGGGAGCGCUCACGGAGGGGCAGCAGUGGCAAUGCCAGCGAGGUGUCAGUGGCUUGUCUGACGGAGCGCAUCCACCAGAUGGAAGAGAACCAGCACAGCACCGCUGAGGAGCUCCAGGCCACAUUACAGGAGCUGGCCGACCUGCAGCAGAUCACCCAGGAGCUGAACGGAGAGAAUGAGCGGCUAGGCGAAGAGAAGGUGAUCCUCAUGGACUCCCUGUGCCAGCAGAGCGACAAGCUGGAGCUGUACGGCCGACAGAUUGAGUACCUGCGCUCCCUGCUGGACGAGCAUCACAUAUCGUAUGUGCUAGAGGAGGACAUCAAGAGUGGCCGCUACAUGGAGCUGGAGCAGCGCUACGCAGACCUGGCUGAUAAUGCCCGCUUUGAGAGAGAACAGCUGCUGGGGGUUCAACAACACCUGUCCAACACACUGAAGAUGGCUGAACAGGACAACGCCGAGGCCCAGGAGAUGAUCGGAGCACUGAAAGAGAGGAACCACCAGAUGGAGCGCAUCAUGGAGUCAGAGAGACAAGGCCGAGCCGCCAUGGCGGCCGCACUUGAGGAGUACAAGGCAGCUGUGAGCAAUGACCAGGCGGAGCUGAGCCGCUGCAGAGCCCAGCUGGACCAGGAGAGGCAGAGGGUGGCCGAGCUGUACUCUCUUCACACUGCAGGGGACAAAAAUGACAUCUGCCAGCUGCUUGAAGGAGUACGCCUGGGGAAGGAAGAGGCUGAGGCCAAGGCGGCGAAGUUGCAAGAGGACUUGGAACAAGCUCACAGUGACCUCACCCGGCUGCAGGAAACUUUCAGUAAGCUGGACAGGGAGUACAGAGACUUCCAGGAGCAGGUGCAGCAGCAGAUGGCCGAGCAGGAGCGGGCCCUGGAGAAGCAGCGUGUGGAUCUGCAGGAGAAAGAGACUGAGAUCGCAGACAUGAAGGAAACCAUCUUUGAGCUGGAGGAUGAAGUGGAGCAGCACCGAGCUCUUAAACUCCACGACAACCUCAUCAUCACAGACCUUGAGAACUCUGUGAAGAAGCUGCAGGACCAGAAACAUGACAUGGAGAGAGAGAUAAAGAUUCUUCACCGCAGACUGAGGGAGGAAUCGAUGGAGUGGCGUCAGUUCCAGGCUGAUCUGCAGACAGCUGUUGUCAUUGCUAAUGACAUCAAGUCCGAAGCACAGGAGGAGAUUGGAGAUCUGCGGCGCCGGCUGCAGGAAGCCCAGGAGAAGAAUGAGAAGCUGAGCAAAGAGCUGGACGAGGUCAAGAGUCGCAAGCAGGACGAGGAGCGAGGCAGAGUCUAUAACUACAUGAAUGCAGUGGAGAGAGACCUGGCUGCUCUCAGACAGGGAAUGGGGCUCAGUCGGCGAUCUUCCACCUCCUCUGAGCCCUCUCCCACCGUCAAAACGCUCAUCAAGAGCUUCGACAGUGCCUCACAAGGACCACCGACCAAUGGUGCCUCUGUGACUCCAACAGCCUCAGCUGCCCCCCUACCACGCACCCCCCUCAGCCCCAGCCCCAUGAAGACGCCUCCAGCAGCUGCUGUUUCACCCAUACAGAGACACUCAAUAAGUGGGUCUAUGUCAGCAGCCAAGCCCCUCUCCUCCCUGAGUGAUAAGAGACCCAGCUACACAGACAUCACCAUGCCAGCUGAGCACCUUCUCAGGGGAACCUCGGCUGCUCGACCUCCAUCUGCCCUCCAGAGGGUCUCCAACAUGGACUCCACCAAGACAAUCUCAGUGUCCCGUCGGAGCAGUGAGGAAAUAAAGAGGGACAUGUCAGCUUCAGAUGGGGCCUCCUCAACCUCCCUGAUGGCGAUGAGUGCCGCCUCCUCCCCGCUCUCCCUGUCCUCCUCCUCCCCCACCGCCUCCAUCACCCCCACAGCACGCAGCCGUCUAAGAGAAGAGAGAAAGGACCCGCUGUCAGCAUUGGCAAGAGAGUAUGGAGGCUCCAAGAGAAAUGCUUUGCUAAAGUGGUGCCAGAAGAAGACAGAGGGCUAUCAGAACAUUGAUAUCACAAACUUCAGCAGCAGCUGGAAUGAUGGCCUGGCCUUCUGCGCCGUGCUCCACACCUACCUGCCUGCACACAUCCCAUACCAGGAGCUCACCAGCCAGGAGAAGAGGAGAAACUUCACCUUAGCUUUCCAGGCUGCAGAGAGUGUGGGGAUCAAAUGCACUUUGGACAUAAAUGAGAUGGUGCACACAGAGCGGCCCGACUGGCAAAGUGUCAUGACUUAUGUCACAGCCAUCUACAAGUACUUUGAGACCUGACUUCACCGUCUCACCCAACCUGCUCCUGCAGCACAAUCAGAGCCACGCAAGCCCUCCUGAGCUCUCAGCAACCUCUCAACCCCACAGUCAACUGUUAUACCUCACUGCAGUCCCUCGCCACACCACAGCAAAACCCAUCACGCUGCAUGUCGGUCCUCAGUAUUUAGCAACACUACAAGCGGACCAGAACCUCACUGGACACACACAGCUACUCCAUCCUCCCAGUGCAGCGUAGAAGGCGCUUUGUGUAGAGUUGUAGUCCAAGGGCUAGCCUGUAUGUCUGCUGUUACACUCGUAAGCCAUGAGAGGAAACACUGGUGAACCAAGUAUGAACUGACCAGCAAUGAAAUCCUGUAGGUCAUCUUUGCGUUCAGUUCACGUCUGAAGGAGCAGUAUGAAAGAGAAACCAAGUCUCAGUGCCUUCUACCUGGCUUUUCCUGGCAAAUAAUAUCCCCUCACAGCUGACCCAGUUUCUGGGGUAAUAAGGGGGAAUUCCUGCAAGACCUGACUUUCAGCAUGCUGCAUUGGAUGAGGUGUCAUUUUCAUAAAUAGUCCCAACGUGUUUUCUUUUGUUGGUUGUGAAUACUUUGUGGAAAACAUCAGCUUCUACAGAAUAACACACCAGAAGUCAGUGAUGUUGGAAUUCCCCCGCAAACCCUGAAAAUUCCCUCUGAAAGGAAUUCAGACAGACGCAGCCUUUUUGCACCAAGUCUUCCAGACGUUACGAUACAGAUGCCUACAUUUCAAAGGAUAAAGUGCCUGUGUGAGUUUUGAUGCAGGAGACCAGGAGAUGAACUCUCUCUCUCUCCACAGAGGCAGUGUCUUUCCACUCCGGUUUGUGAAGCUGAAGAUUUGAGGAGUUGUUGCCAAACAUGUUUCAGAGCCUUUUGACUGUUGAUUUCUAGCUUAUGGGUCAUCAGGACGGACUGAUGCUGCAGACAGCAACAUCAGCAUCUGAUCAUGAGUGACUGUUUGCUUUUCAAGCACAGAAAUAUGCUAUGUUCUACAACACUACUACACAUUUUGUCAAGGAGCACUAACACACUCUUAUGAUGGUUUUUCCCUCAAAGAUUCAUGAAGGUGUACUCAUAUUCUUUUCAUGUGUACGGAGUUGAAUGCUGAACUGUAUAAUGUGAGUGCUUGCAGUUCCUUCUUUCGUCAGGCACAUACAGCACACAGCAUUGCUUCAUCAUGACCAAAAUAUAGAUUUGAUCGACGCUUAAGUUCUGUUUGAAUCAGAGAGCCUUAAACUUUCUCAGCCUGGGGGUCUAAUUAGAGAAUUAGUGUGUGACCCAGGGACUUCAUGUUGGGAAAAUAUGCUCUAGUUUUUGGAAACCCGCAGGGACAGAUUCAUAGGUGAAGACACACUUUUGUAGGUCAAUGCAGCAUCUCAUUAGAUGAAUAGUGAAAUUUAUGAGGCAAUACACUGAUUCACUUUCUUGCAGAGUUAGAUGAGAAGAUUGAUUCCACUCUCUUGUGACUGUCACUUUUAUCCUGAGGUCUGAUGUAUAAAUCAAACUAAACAGAACAGUGAGCUUUAGAGUUGCUGGUUUAUGAAUUUGUUGCCUUCGAACAGAGCCGGGCUAGCUAUUUCCCCAUGCUUCCAGUCUUUAUGCUAAGCUAAGCUAAUCAGCUGCAGGCUCUAGCCUCAUGUUUUGCCUGCAAACAUGAGGUUGGUAUCAAGCUUCUCAUCUAACACUCGACAAGAAAGCAAGUGAGUGUAUGUCCCAAAAUGUAUACUGUUCAGUUUGACAUCAGCAAAUGUUGCAAAAACAUUAAUUUUGCACAUAAAUGACAAAAUAGGACAAUUCAUUGUGCCAUUGAUCGCCAUUGUUUUGUAUGUUACCACUGAUGCUGUGUUAGACAGGUAGUUUUGAAAUUGCUAGUAGAACUAAGCAUUACUAUAGAGAUACUUUAUAUUUGUCCAGUUUCAGUCAGUCAGACACUUCAAGUCUUCACGUUUAGCAUUUAUAGGCAGUCUGUAUAAUAUUUGUCAGCAAUUAUAACUUCUCCUAUCAAGGCAUAUUUUCUAUUACUACAUCUGUGUUUUACAUCAUCAUCUGUUUAUACAGCAGCCUCCACGUGUUCGUGCCCACAGGAGGAGUUAUUGUUGUUGACAAAUACAUCAACACUUACAUCUGCUUACAACCUCUAUAGUGUGUGAGAAAGCAUUUAUUAUAAAGGUUUGUGUACUGCUUCUAAAUGCUAAACAGGGAGAAGUGUUACUAUAUAAUGCUGUCUGAGCGCUGUGUGUUUAUCGUGCCUCAGCAUACCAAGUUCACUGUAUUUAUUUGCAUGAUUUCCAGUCAUUGUAGUGAGGUCGUUGCUUUAUGUGUGUGUCAGAAGUGUAUAUGAAUUAAUUACACAUACACUAAGUAGCUGCACUGAGAUAAGCUUUUUGUAUUCCGCACUAAUGUCCUGCCUUAACAGUUCAGCCGAGGCGUCUGCGAGUGAAACUGUGACAUUUCAAACUGCGGCCGUCUUUCCUCACCAGACUCGUGUCAAAGUGUGGAAAUGGUUUUUAAAAUAAGGUCCUUCUUGUUGCGCCUCUUGAGGAACACUAAUAGUGAGCGAUGGUCGUAAAACCAUUGUGGGAAGCAUGUUGAGUCCCCUGUUGUGUCUGGGGAAGGAGACUACACACUGUUUUGAUCUGGAUGCGAUGAAGCCGCCAGCUGGAAUCAAUGGCAACAUCAGGAACAACAUUUGGAUUUAGAAGCACAUCCUGCCGUGCCGUCUGCCAAGCCACAUCACCACAACGUGUACAGCUGCAUUAGACGUUUAGUGAUUUAAAGUUAGCACAAGAGAGAGUGCGUGUGAGUUAUUUAAUGACAUUUGAAGGCAUUGGCUCUGUGCUGAUAGGGGAUUGUGACGCCACGAUGGCGAUGAAGAUCAUCAGCCAACAGUCUUAUUGUGUUCUGCUCGAUUCCACCGCUGGCCCAUGCGUUUUAUCGUUCCAGGCAGGACCGUCUGAGAGCUACAAAAAGACUCGAAGCCUCUCCGUCCUGCAAGUGGAAUGUGUUUUGAUCACGCCUUAGUGGUCCUGGGACUUUACGAGGUCCAGCCCGUGCUGAUGUGGAGUGAUUGAUGAACACUGAGCCCGGCCUGCUGAGGAGCGAGCAGACGGCUGGCAAAAGCUAGGAAGCACAUUCCACCUCCACAUGAUGCAGACAUGAGGGACAUGCUACACCGUGUGGGACCUGAGAUGCUGCCCUUAAAGUGCAGAGCUUUACCACAACGAGCAAAGCAAAUGUGAACAGUGCAUUAUGUCUUUAUUGGGCCCACUCCAUCACGCUACAUUUGUUUUUCUUUUGUUUACUUGAAAAAGCUCUGAGAACUCCACUGAACCUGCUUUAGUUUGUCGUUUUGUUUCCAUGUUGCCUUCUCUUCUUUUCUUUUUACAGUCCAUGCCUCGGUUUGAUUUGGUGUGGAGUAUUUUGUCUGAUCACACCACAUGCAGUGCUGAAAUGGUCCCUGGGCAAAGUUAAAGCUGAAUGAAUAAAUGUUAUUGUGUGUGUGUGUGUGUGUGUGUGUGUGUGUGUGUGUGUGUGUGUGUGUGUGUGUGUGUGUGUGUGUGUGUGUGUGUGUGUGUGUGUGUGUGUGUGUGUGUGUGUGUGUGUGUGUGUGUGUGUGUGUGUGUGUGUGUGUGUGUGUGUGUGUGCGCGCGCGCGCGCGAGUAAAGGGACUAAGCUACAGUAUUAAGUGCACACUAAGAUGAUAAUCAGUUGUAAAACAAAAACAAAUGCUGUCUGGUUUUAUGUUGCUUUAUUUUUCUGGCAAUAGUUAUAAAAGACCA